UUCUGGGCUGCUUCAGUCGGGAGGCUGGCGCUGUGAGAGGGAGAUGUGCGAGCGGCCACUGCGCGUACCGCUGCUUUUUACCUUUCAAGGAUAACUUACAGUAUCGGCAGAACAAACGGGCCGGACGCGAGCACGCUCCCGCUGCGAGAGACCUGCUGUCGUGCCAGGCACGUUGGCGUGGAACGCUGUGCCAUAGCUGGAGGGGAGGCGGCUGGAUGGGACAGAUGGUGUAGUGAUACACGUCAGACAGUGAUUGUGCCAUCGCUGCAGAGGCCUCUGUCAACCUGUAGUGGAGGACUGCUGGGGGGUUGUCACAGGGGGCACAGGGUCUAACUCUUCCAGCUGUCAUUCUGCAUCGGCAGCGCACUGUGAGACGAGUAUCCACUCUGCUGGGCCUCAGCGCUCCUCAGACAUUUGUCCUUGACAUGCAAAUUCAGUGUGUCGACCGUCGCGGCAGUCGCCUUCUGUGAGUUACAAUGACGACUGCUCCAUUGACUCGGGAAAGAGGCUCCUCCUCCGGCUUUCACCAGGCAGCGGAUCGCAUGAUGUAAUGAAAGAGGGUCCUGGAACUCUGCUCUUCAAGGAGUCUGCCAGCAGGAUAUGAGUAUUUUGAGCCCUGUGACAGAUAACAAAUCAAACCUUGUGGGAACUGUGGGAGGCCCAGAAGAAUACUCGAGAGCCAUGCAGUCAGAGGAGCUGUUCAGUAGGAAACUCAAGGCUCUGAAUGGUAGCAUGGGGCCGCCAGGCUCCAACAUGCAGGGAAAGCCUGACGCUGGAGGCAAAACCAAUGGUACGCCAGCCAUGCCUAAAAUGGGGGUGAGGGCGCGGGUGACAGAAUGGCCACCGAGGAAAGAUGGAUGGGAUGGUCGGCCCUCGCCGAACUAUCAGAGUGUGAUACCGGUGUUUCAGAACGGCCAGCAGGAACAUGUGGAAAUAGUGGAGCAAGGCGAGACAGUCUGCCUGGAGGUGGACUAUGCUGACAAAUACAUACUGAGCGACCUGCUCAGCCACUCUCCACUGAAGGGCCUGCAUCCCAUUCGGCAGCGAAGCAACAGCGACGUCACCAUAAGCGACAUAGACUCUGAGGACAUAAUGGACCAAAACGCUGUCAAUCCAAACACCGGAGCCUCGCUUCACCGCGAAUAUGGAAGCACGUCCUCCAUUGACCGUCAGGGCCUCACUGGGGAUGGCUUCUUCACCAUGCUGAGGGGUUACCGAGUCGACACGGAAAACCGUAGCAUUCCACCUUUGGGGUUCCCGGAGCUGUUGCGCUGCGACGCCUCGCUUUCCCCAAGCCUGCAGACUGCAGCCCAGAUUGCCAGGGGUGAGAUAGUUCACAUUCCAGGCUACGACUACGUAGACAACUCUCUCCUCUACAGCCGUGAGCGAGAGAAGUCCUUCAUGAGGCGCCUCAAGUCAGAGUCCUCGGAAACAUCUUUGUUUAGGAAAUUGAGGACCAUUAAGAGCGAAAGCGAUGCCUUGCGACUCUCGCUUGAGGACGACAGACGACCUCUCAGUUUCCAGAAGUGCUUUUCUCACUAUGACGUCCAGAGCGUCCUCUUUAACAUCAGCGAAGCGGUGGCGAGCAGGGCGAACCUGAGCCAAAGGAAGAACACGACCACCGGCGCCUCGGCCGCUUCGGCCGGAGCCGGGGCAGCCGGAGGGACAGCAGGUGGAGGCGGACCGGGACCAGGACCGGGACCGGUGGCAGACGCAGGGGCCGCAGGAUGUAGCAGUGGAAAUAUCCCCGUGUUUGAGUCUCCUCUGGGCAGCAGAGAGGACCUGAACCCCAAAGAGAACUUGGACGCUGAUGAGGGUGACGGGAAGAGUAACAACUUAGUACUGAGCUGCCCGCACUUUCGCAAUGAGAUUGGGGGUGAAGGUGAAAGAAAGAUCUCCCUGUCCAGAGUCAACAGCGCUAACUACAGUGGUUUGUCCGAGAGCUGUUCUUUUGAGUCGUCUUUAAGUUCCCACUGCACCAAUGCGGGAGUCUCUGUGUUGGAGGUGCCGAGAGAAAAUCAGCCGAUCCACAGGGAGAAGGUCAAACGCUACAUCAUUGAGCACAUUGACCUUGGAGCAUACUACUACCAUAAAUACUUCUACGGGAGAGAGCAUCAAAACUAUUUUGGGGUGGAUGAAAAUCUGGGACCUGUGGCCGUCAGCGUUCGCAGGGAGAGGCUGGACGAUGGGAAGGAGAAGGACGGAAUGCAGUACAAUUAUCGCGUCACCUUCAGAACCAGCCAGCUGACCACGCUCCGUGGAGCCAUCCUGGAAGACGCCAUACCGUCCACGGCGAGGCACGGCACGGCGCGCGGCCUUCCGCUGAAAGAAGUGCUGGAGUACGUCAUCCCCGAGCUCAAUAUCCAGUGUCUGAGGCAGGCCAUCAAUUCCCCCAAGGUCCCAGAGCAGCUUCUGAAGUUGGACGAGCAGGGGCUGAGCUUCCAGCACAAGGUGGGCGUGCUUUACUGCAAGGCGGGCCAGAGCACCGAAGAGGAGAUGUACAACAACGAGAGCGGCGGCCCGGCGCUGGAAGAAUUCCUGGACCUGCUCGGCCAGAGGGUGCGCCUGAAAGGCUUCACCAAGUACAGAGCCCAGCUUGACAACAAGACUGACUCCACUGGCACACACUCCCUCUACACCACCUAUAAGGACUAUGAGCUGAUGUUCCACGUGUCCACCAUGCUCCCCUACACGCCCAACAACCGGCAGCAGUUAUUAAGGAAGAGGCACAUCGGGAACGAUAUAGUCACCAUAGUGUUCCAGGAGCCCGGGGCCCUUCCUUUUACUCCAAAAAACAUCCGCUCUCAUUUCCAGCAUGUUUUUGUUAUCGUCAAAGUCCACAACCCCUGCACCGACAACGUCUGCUACAGCGUGGCUGUGUCCAGAUCCAAAGACGUGCCUCCGUUCGGGCCCCCUAUUCCCAAGUCCGUAACGUUUCCAAAGUCGGCCGUUUUCAGGGACUUCCUGCUCGCCAAGGUCAUCAACGGCGAAAACGCGGCGCACAAGUCAGAGAAGUUCAGAGCCAUGGCGACGCGCACGCGGCAGGAGUACCUGAAGGACCUGGCGGAGAACUUCGUCAGCACGACUACCAUCGACGCCGCCGUCAAAUUCAGCUUCAUCACGCUCGGAGCCAAAAAGAAGGAGAAGGUGAAGCCCAGGAAGGACGCGCAUCUGUUCAGCUUGGGCGCCAUCACCUGGAGCGUCUGCGCCCGGGACUUCGGCCAGUCCAUGGACGUGGACUGCCUGCUGGGCAUAUCCAAUGAGUUCAUCGUGCUCAUCGAGGAGGAGUCCAGGAAUGUGGUGUUCAACUGCUCGUGUCGAGAUGUCAUUGGAUGGACCUCAGGGAUUAUGAGCAUUAAAAUCUUCUAUGAGCGCGGGGAGUGUAUUAUGCUGUCUGCUCACGACAACUGCGGAGAAGACAUCAGGGAGAUGGUGCAAAGGAUGGAGAUUGCCACCAGAGGCUGUGAGACCUCAGAGAUGGUCCUGCGGCGGAACAGCCUCGGCCAGCUCGGCUUCCACGUCAACUUCGAGGGCAUCGUGGCCGACGUGGAGCCCUUCGGCUUCGCCUGGAAGGCCGGCCUGAGGCAGGGCAGCCGCUUGGUGGAGAUCUGCAAGGUGGCCGUGGCCACGCUCACCCACGAGCAGAUGAUCGACCUCCUCCGCACCUCGGUCACCGUCAAAGUGGUCAUAAUCCAGCCUCACGAGGACGGCACGCCUCGGAGGGGCUGCUCCGAGCUGUACCGCAUUCCCAUGGUAGAGUACAAGGUCGACAGCGAGGGCACGCCGUGCGAGUACAAGACGCCCUUCAGGAGGAACACCACGUGGCACCGGGUGCCCGUAGCCGGCGGAGCGCCCCUGUCCCGGGGCUCGCCCACGCAGGGCCCCGACCGCCUGCAGUGCCAGCAGAUCCUCCAGCAGCACCAGGCAGCCAUCCCGCGGAGCACCUCCUUUGAUCGGAAGCUGCCGGACGGAUCCAGGACGCUGCAGGAUUUGGAGAACCCCCAGAUCGUCUCGUGUAAUAAGGGAGACCAGCACUACCGCAGCUCUCCCAGCAACCAGUCCUCCUCAAGCGAUCCAGGACCCUGUGGCAGCAGCACCUGGUCCCAGCAGCCUGGAUAUGAUGGAUGUCCCUCCCCUGUCCUGCACGAGCAUGCAGGCGACAUGCAGGGGGGAGACACCGAGAUCCACAGGGAGAGAGAGCCCACUCUGGAGAGGACCAGGUCUGCAGAAGCCAAAUGGCACCUACCCUCCACUAAGAUCCUGAACCCUCUGAAGCAACGGGAAGGAAGCAAAGAUUCACCCAACAAGCUGUCCAGGAUGGGAGAUAAAAACUCGAGCCACUCGAGUAGCAACACUCUGUCAAGUAACGCAUCCAGCAACAGCGACGAUAAGCACUUCGGCUCCGGGGACCUGAUGGACCCGGAAAUGCUGGGCCUCACGUACAUCAAGGGCGCGUCCACGGACAGCGGCAUCGACACCAACCCCUGCGUGGCCCCGGGAGCCCGGGUGCUGCUGCAGGGCAGGGCGGGGGAGCCGGGCCACGCGUGGGUGUCGGAGCACCACGAGGACGGGGCGUCGGAGGACGACCACGGGAAGCUGUACCUACCGCAAGGCUACGCGUCUGCAAUCAUGUCUAGCCAUGGGAUGGAGGGCAGCAUUGGAGACCUGAGCGAGAUCUCGUCCCAUUCAAGUGGCUCGCACCACUCUGGCAGUCCUCUGGCCCGCGGUGCCAGGUACUGUAUGUCAGCCGACUCGUCCAAGGUGUACACCAUCCCCCAGACCAGCAGCUCGGGGCCUGAGCCGGGGCCGGGGGAUGGCUCAGAGGCCUGUGGGCAGACACGGCCACAGCCUGGUUGCAGGCUGAAGACAGCUGAUGAUGAGCACCAUCAUGAUGGUGGUGAGGAGGAGGAGGAGGAGGAGGAGGAGGAUGCCCAGGGAACUGAGGGACCCCCCAACAUUUCAGAGUGUGGAGGAGCGGAGAGCUUGUUAGCCUUCCUUCUUAAAAUGCUGUCUGAGCGUUCAAGGCAGCUGUAUGCGCAGGAGGCCGCCUGCAGGCUCCAGGCUGCCGAGCGGGACGGGAAGUCGCUGAAGAGGCUUUCAAAGGAAGAAUACCAUAAAAUGAUGCUGCCCAGCAGCCCCUCGGGAGAAGAAAGGAGUCGGAAGGUGUCGGCGGUGGACAGCCUGUCGCCCAGGCGCUCCCUGUACCGGACCCUGUCUGACGAGAGCGUGUGCAGCAACCGCAAAGGCUCGUCGUACACCAGCUCGCACAGCUCCGUGCUGGACCAGGCCGUGCCCAACGACAUCCUGUUCAGCACCACGCCGCCGUACCACAGCACGCUGCCCCCUCGCAUGGUCCACAACCAGGGCGCGACCAACCUGAGGAAUGACUUUUGGUUCUCUGACGGCUCCUUGGCGGACAGGUCCAGGUUCAGCGACCCGGGCCUCAUGCCCCUCCCAGACACUGCCACGGGCCUGGACUGGUCUCACCUGGUUGACGCAGCGCGAGCCUUCGAAGACCAGCGCGUGGCUUCGUUCUGCACCAUGACGGACAUGCAGCGGGCCGAGGCCCUGCAGAUCUCCAGAGAGCUGACCAGGCGCGUGGCGGAGGCCGAGGGAGAAGCGCUGGAAGCAGACAGCAGCUCCCCGUCCACAUUAACUGGCAAAGUCAACCAGCUGGAGGUGAUCCUCAGGCAGCUGCAGCAUGACCUCAGAAAGGAGAAGGAGGAUAAGGCCAUGCUGCAGGAGGAGGUGCAGCACCUGAGACAGGACAACAUGCGGCUGCAGGAGGAGAGCCAGACAGCGGCCGCUCAACUCAGGAAGUUCACGGAGUGGUUCUUUCACACCAUCGACAAGAAACCCUGAGAAUGAGAGAGAGAGAGAGGGGGAGGAGAGAGAUGAAAGAGCUCCACGGCCUCCACUCCUCCUGGGCACACGCUCAACUCCUACUUAAGACUCCCAGAUGAGCCACAGGCAAAGUUGAAAACAAACCAUUACCGGCCCCCAGAGAAAUCACGACCCCUUAAAACCUCCCGGCUCAGGAGGCUGCAGGCCUGUGUGCAGACACUUGGAAUCCUCAUCUAGUGUUGGAAGCCUCCUCGGCCUGCGAUGCAGUUUCUGAAGAUUGUUGGGAAACUUUAGGAAAUCCUGCUCUCCGCUGCUGAGAGCAGCCUCCCCAUGCCAGGGGGCCCUGCUCGGGUCCCUGGGAUCUUCUUACAGUAGUGGAAUGUAAAGCUCAUUUACUGUAGUCAACAUAUAAUCUACCUAUGUCACGUCAGUCUACUGUACUGUAUGCUCAGCUGUACUGUAAUGUACUGCGCACACUGUCACACAGCUGUUUCUGUGCCGGCCUUCGUGGACACCGGGGAGUGAGGAGGGGGAGGAGGCUGGUGGGGGAUGGAGAGAGGAAUGUACUGGACUUAAUGAAGUGGUACUCAGUGUCUCCUUGCACCAGGAGGAAUCCACAUGUGGCAGUCUUGAAACGUACUGUGGGGGGGAAAAAUGAAUGUAGCUCAACUGAAACUCUUUUUUUUUUCCAAAGUUGGAAAGGUUCAAGGUUUUGCGUUAAGGUUCUGUUUGUUUAUUAAUUCCACUUUUUCUUUUCCACGGUGUUGUAACGUCCGGUCACAUGGCAGUACUUUUGAUGUUUAAAGGUGCUUCUUCCCAUAAACGCGUCGGUUAUUAGGUUCCGUUCACUGUCACCAUGUCCUAGCAAUAACAAAGUGGUAGUUAUGAAACUGUGUUUGAAACAAAAAAAACGAAGUUAGCACAAACGUGACGCGUUCCUGUUGAGAAGCAGUUGUUGGUCGACAUGUAUUUAUAAGACAGGAAGAGACUGUGCCUAAAACUCUUGGUUGUAAAUGGAUUGUUGGUCUUUGCUUUUAGGUCUCUUUUAGAAACACAUGCCUUGUCUGUGGCUCACUGAUAGAAGAUCAUAUAUGUGUGUGUGUGUGUGUGUGUGUUUGUGUGUGUGUGUGUGCGCGUGUGCAUGUGCGAGUGCAGUUUAUCACAGCAACAUGUUCUUAUGCAGUGGUUUCUAGAGCAUUAGAGCAAGCGCCAGUGAACCACACUUACAAUGCCAAAUGUGUUUAUUUCUGUACAUAUCUGCCACAAAAGUGUCUUGUAUUUAACACUAUUAUUUAAGCUUAUUUAACCUAAAGUUGUUUAUUUUAUUAAGGGUAUUUGGUUUUUGUUGUUCUGUUUUUUUUUUCUCUGCACUAAGGAGAGAUAAAGCUCUGUGUAUGUUGUAAAGUGUGUAGCUUGCCAGGGCAAAAAAACACUAUAUAUUUAAAUAUAUAAUGAUCAUUUUGAAGAUUCCAACAUUUGGAUGCUGCUAGAUGACAGUUGGCUGGUUUGUAUGCUUUUAAAAAUGUGUCUCAGCGUAAAUUCUCUGGUGGGACACUGGUUGCUUUUUGUUUUGGUUUUUUGGGUCGAUUUUGUUUUUUAAAUAAAUGUAGUUUGAAAAAUAA